UACGAACCUUCAUUUUACAAAUCAUAUAAAGCUAAAGUUGGGCUAAAUUGAAAAUUAGCUUUCAUUUGUUGGUGGUUGGAUUUUAUGGUAAGGGAAGACGACAAGAGCUAGAUCAGAAUACAACUACUAGAGAAAGAGCUAGCCAUUCAUUGGAUCUAAAGUUUUUGAAAGGAGUUGAUCAGAGGUUCAAACCACAUCUAUCGAAUCUGAAAAUCUGAUCCUAUUUUUCAGACUACAGAGAGGCCAGGAGCAAUGGACUAUCAACAUUUCAGCCACCAGCAUCCCUUAAUGUUAGUCCUCGUCAACAAAGUGAAUGAUGAUUAUUAUGAAGACUGUGAGAUAUGUGGUGAAAUAUUAAGGGUUUCUGAUCAUUACAAAUGCAAAGAGUGCAGUUUCUACAUACAUAAAUCAUGUGCUGAAUAUCCCCGUGAGUUGGAGCACCCUUUACAUCCCAAACAUCUUCUUUUCCUCGAAUUACAUUCUAGGAAUACAUGCGCUAAUUGCAGCUCUACUAUGAUGAAUUUUAAAUAUACUUGUUCUCAUUGUAAUUUUUAUCUUUGUCCAAAAUGUGCAUUUCUACCGCUCACCAAAAAAGUUGAAAAUCACGACCAUUCAUUUAACCUUAUGCAAAAACUACUGCCAUUCACAUGUGAUCAUUGUUUGAAGAAAGACAAUAGCAUGCCUUACUUUUGUCCCACCUGUUUAUUUAUGGUCCACCCAAAAUGUACAUCUUUACCAUUGAAUGUACCACCAUCAACCAAACAAGUUGAAAUUCACGACCAUCCACUAACCCUUGUGCCAAGUUUUCUGAUCUCCCUCACUUGCAAUGUUUGUGGGGAUAAAAUUAAGGAUAGGUUUUACUUUUGUGCAACUUGUUCAUUUGUGGUCCACCCAGAUUGUGCCCUUUUACCAUCAAUCUCCAAAGUAAUAAGGCACAAGCACCCUCUCAAUCUCAUCCACUCUCUUCCAGCUGACCAAUCUGAACAUAGAGUGUGCCAACUAUGUGCUACGAAGGUGGACACGAACUUUUGGCUUUAUUGUUGCUCAAGUCAAGAUUUUGUUGCUCAUCUUCAUUGUGCUACAAGCAAGGAAGAAAGAGAUGAAACAUUUGUGUUGAACUCUAAAGAGGAUCAUCAUGAUAAAUCUAUUGACUUAUUGGCAUACACUGUCAAAAAGACCAAACUAGAAGGAGAUGGAACUGAAAUAAAUACAGAAAUCAAGCAUCUCAAUCAUGAACAUGACUUAAAACUCAUGACCGACAAGCAUGGGAUCGACCAAAAGUGUGAUGCGUGCAUACAGUCUAUCUUUCCUCCAUUUUAUGCAUGUGCUCAAUGUGGAUUAUUUCUUCACAAAUCUUGUGUUGAGUUACCAAGAAAUUUGCGACACUCACUUCACCAACACCCUCUCAAGCUCUUCUUGAGAGAACAAAAGCCUUUUCGAUGUGAUGCUUGUGCGCUUCCAUGUAAUGGCUUUGAUUAUCGUUGUGAUGAAUGUGACUUUGACCUUGAUGUGCAAUGCAGUUUAAUCCCUGAUAUCCUUACACAUCCUAAUCAUGGACAACACCAACUAAUUCUUGCUAGGUCAUCAGAAGAUAAAGUGUGUAGUGCUUGUGGAUCAAGUAGUAAACACAAAUUUAGUUGUGUUGAUUGUGGAUUCACUCUAGACUUCAAGUGUUUGACACAACCGCAAACGAUAUACUACAAGGAACAUGAUCAUCCAUUCACACUUUGUUCUAUUUUAGAAGAUGUCUCUGGUGAAUAUUACUGUGACAUUUGUGAAGAAAAGCGAGAUCAAAAGUACUGGUUCUAUUAUUGUGUUGAUUGCAGUUAUCCUGCUCAUCCUGAAUGCAUUCUCGGGAAAUACAGAAAUCUCAAGUUUGGAAAAACUUUCAAGUAUGAUUUUCACCAGCAUCCUCUUGCUUUGGUUCAAAAGACUUCUCAACACUUGAAAUGUGGUGAUAUUGCUAAUCUCAUAGAUUUAGUUUAUGAAUGUGCCGAGUGUAAUUUCAUUGUUCAUAGAAGGUGCAUAUGAAAUUGAGAGAAAGAUAUGCAUGGUAGGCAUCUAUAACCUACCACGUAGUAAAAAUUACAUGAAGAACGUUUGUAAAGGUCACUUCGUGUAUAUCCACUUACUUUCAUAUUGA